AUGUCCAAUCACACUGAAGAGAUUGAUCAAUUCAUUACCAUGACAAAUGCCUCUCGUAAGGUAGCAACUGAAUAUAUCACGACAUUCGGUGACCUUGAGAGUGCUAUUGAAGGAUAUUUUGCAGCCCAAUCAAACGAAGUUCUUUCUUCAUCGGAUAAUGAUAGAGAAGCUACCAAUGAUACAACAAGAUCAGUGGAGUCAUAUAGUGAACGUCCAUUGGGAAUCGAGCGUUCUGGUUUACAAUCAUCUGGUUCUAGCAACUAUCCAUCGAGGAAAAAUAAAAGCAGUUCUGAUAACAACAGUAAAUUCAUGUCGUUUAGCGAUAUGGUGAGAAAUAAUGCAGAUGAUGAGGAUGAUGAGGAUCGUCCUAGAAAUACUUUUGCCGGUGGUGAAACUUCUGGUUUAGAGGUUACCGAUCCAAAUGAUUCGAAUUCUUUAAUAAAAGAUUUAUUAGAGAAGGCUAAAAGAGGUGGUGAGAGAGCAACUAGUGGUGCUUUUGACGAUAAUGAAUCAAGCCAACCUGAAAGGAAUCAAUUUGAAGGAAGAGGGUAUAGAUUAGGUUCUGUAGUCGAUGCACCAAGUCCUGUUGUUGAAGAUAAUUCUCCAAUGGUAUCUACUAAGAAAGAAAAGGUGAAAAGAGAGAUUACUUUUUGGAAAGAAGGGUUCCAAGUUGGUGAUGGUCAAUUAUACAGAUAUGACGAUCCUAAAUAUGCGCAUUAUCUUCAAGAAUUAAAUCAAGGUCGAGCACCAUUGAAUCUCUUAGAUGUUGAAUAUGGACAAGAUGUUGAUGUUGCUGUUUUCAAGAAGUUAGAUGAAUCAUAUAAACCUUCGAAGACUCCUCAGGUAGCUUUUCACGGUAAGGGUCAAAGACUUGGCUCUCCAAUACCUGGAGAACUUGAAGAACCUACUUUUACUCAGCCUGUUAAGGUCCAUAAUUCAAAUGAUGAUAAACCAGCAUCACCACAAGAGUUAGAGAAGGAAAAAGCAGAGAUUAAAGGUGAUACAUCUGUUCAAAUUAGGUAUGCUUCUGGUAAGAGAGAGGUUUAUCGUUGUAACAGCACCGAUACGGUUCAAUCGUUAUAUGAUUAUGUGAAGCAAAACACAUUAGAUCAAUCGAGAGCAUUUACAUUGAAUCAUGCUUUCCCAGUCAAGGUUAUUGAUCAAUAUGAUUCUACUAUUGCAGAUGCCAAUUUAAAGAAUUCUGUAGUGGUACAAAGGUGGGUUCUUUAA